AUGGCUUAUCGACAGAACGUUCAAAGCAAGAUGUCCUUCAGCAUUGAAGAACUGUCAAAGAGUAGCAGGGUCAUGAAUCCUGUACGCACUGAUGCAGUUGUCAACCACAUCCACGACAUAUAUUUACCAACCAGCAGCCAGUCAUGUACAGCAGAUAUGGUGCGUCCACUUUCCAACUCAGAUCAACGUACUCAAAACAAGAGGAAACGACAAGACUCAUUACAUUCUGACAACAGCUUCAGCUCUACAGACUCGUCAUCAAGAGAUUGUACUUCACCUGGUUCAUGCUCAGACGACUCGGAUAAAUCCUAUCAACAACCAAAGAGAGCCAGAACUGCCUACACAAACUCACAACUGAUGGAACUAGAACUAUACUACAGCAACAGGAAAUACCUUCAGAUUGAAGAUCGACCAGUGCUUGCCAUGAAACUCAAACUCAGUCAACAUAAGAUUAAAUGGUGGUUCCAGAAUCGAAGAAUGAAAGAAAAGCGUCAAAUCAAGAGUACAAGCUACAACAGUCCACGAGAGUUGUCACAGUUUGUUGGUGUAGGUAAACCUGGUUCCCGAAUGAUGACAACAAUGGAAUGCAAUGGUAACAUCAGUCAGCAGUCAUACUCACCAUUCCCAAUGGUGUCGCCUUAUACGUAUGGUAUGUCACCGUUUGUGUACCCUGGUUAUAGUCAACAGUUCUACAGCAGCGUAUUACCACAGUCUGACAUACAGGAACUGAGGACUUGA